AGGUAAACGGCUCGCCAGUUGCCAUGGUGCUCCGAUAUUUCUGUGAAAGGUCCUUCUGUCUUUUUCGACGUUCUCUUUGUCAGACUAGCUGAAGAGGAGUCGGUGCUGGUGACACGUGCGCGGCAGGGCGAGGGGACUUUAUUGAUCUGACAUUAUCGAAGACUCAACGAAAGACUCCAACAGUUAUUCAUAAACAUUAUCAAAUUCAUCGCAUUAGACAUUUUUACAUGAGGAAAGUCAAAUUUACUCAACAGAAUUACCAUGACAGACUCUCUCAGAUCUUAGCAGAUUUCCCCAAAUUGGAUGAUAUCCAUCCAUUUUAUGCUGAUUUGAUGAAUAUUCUCUAUGACAAGGAUCAUUACAAGUUGGCUCUAGGACAAAUAAAUAUUGCCAAAAAUUUAGUGGACAAUGUUGCUAAAGAUUAUGUGCGACUUAUGAAAUAUGGAGAUUCUCUCUACCGUUGCAAACAGCUGAAACGUGCUGCCCUUGGGCGAAUGUGUACUAUUAUCAAAAGACAGAAACAGAGCUUGGAGUACUUGGAACAAGUGCGUCAACAUUUAUCCCGUUUGCCAACCAUUGAUCCAAAUACCAGAACACUGCUUUUGUGUGGGUACCCAAAUGUUGGAAAAUCCAGCUUCAUCAAUAAGGUGACAAGAGCCGAUGUGGAUGUCCAGCCUUAUGCCUUUACAACUAAAUCAUUGUUUGUUGGGCACAUGGAUUAUAAGUAUCUUCGUUGGCAGGUUGUAGAUACUCCAGGAAUUUUGGAUCAUCCUCUGGAGGAUCGGAACACCAUCGAGAUGCAGGCCAUCACAGCACUGGCCCACCUUCGCGCUGCUGUUCUGUACGUGAUGGAUCUGUCUGAGCAGUGUGGGCAUGGAUUGAUGGAGCAGCUUGAACUCUUCCAAAACAUUAGGCCUCUCUUUAUCAAUAAGCCACUUAUAGUUGUAGCAAACAAGUGUGAUGUGAAGAAAAUAGCUGAACUUUCUGAAGAUGAUCAGAAAAUCUUUAUAGAUUUGCAGACUGAAGGAUUUCCUGUAGUAGAGACCAGCACCCUGACUGAGGAAGGCGUUAUUAAGGUUAAAACAGAGGCUUGUGAUAGGCUUUUGGCUCAUCGAGUUGAAACCAAAAUGAAAGGAAAUAAAGUGAAUGAGGUGCUGAACAGAUUGCAUUUAGCUGUGCCAAACAAAAGAGAUGAUAAGGAGAGGCCUCCCUUCAUCCCGGCAGGAGUAGUGGCACGUAAGAAGAGAAUGGAGAUUGAGGAGCCUAAAAAGAAAAGGGAGCGAGAUAUUGAGCUGGAAAUGGGAGAUGAUUAUAUUUUGAACCUUCAGAAGUACUGGGACCUAAUGAAUUCAUCUGAAAAAUAUGAUAAGAUACCAGAGAUCUGGGAAGGCCAUAAUGUAGCUGAUUAUAUUGAUCCUGACAUCAUGAGGAAAUUACAAGAGCUAGAAAAAGAAGAAGAACUAAGAACAGCUGCUGGAGAGUAUGACAGUGACUCUGAAAGUGAAGAUGAGGAAAUGAUGGAAAUCCGACAGUUGGCCAAACAAAUUAGAGAAAAAAAGAAAUUGAAAAUUCUUCAAUCAAAAGAAAAGAAUACACAGGGACCCAGAAUGCCUCGAACUGCUAAGAGGGUUCAGCGGAAAGUUUUGGAGAAUGAGAUGCGAAGUCUUGGUGUUGACAUGGAUGAUAAAGACAGUGCCCACUAUGCAGUCCAGGCAAGAAAAUCUCGAAGUGUUACUAGGAAAAGAAAGUGGGAAGAUUCUUCUCCAUGCUCUUCUUUGGCCCGGAGUCGCAGUUGCUCUCGAACACCGCGUGAUGUUUCUGGUCUUCGGGAUGUCAAGAUGGUGAAAAAAGCCAAGACUAUGAUGAAGAAGGCUCAAAAGAAGAUGAAUCACUUAGGGAGGAAAGGGGAGGCAGAUAGACAUGUGUUUGAUAUGAAACCCAAACACUUACUCUCUGGAAAGAGGAAAUCUGGUAAAAAGGACAGGAGAUAAGUGUCCUCUUCGAUUGAAGUUGUUUGGCUGAAUUCUGGGGUUUUUUGUUUUGUUUUGAUUCAUUUUGUUAUUUGUGUGUGUGUGUGUGUGUGUGUGUGUGUGUGUGUGUAGUAAAAUAUACGAAACAAAAGUUACCAUUUUAAUCAUUUUUGAGUGUAUGAUUCAGUUAUGUUAAGUACAUUCACGCUUUUUGUUUGGUUUACUUUGGUAUUUCAUUAAAUUGGAGUAAAGAAUAUAAACUAAAAAUAAGUAAAUCACUUGUUGCUUUGCUGAAAAUCAUGGUUAACCUUUAACUAUACAGAGUGAGAAAUUUUUGUUACACCACAGUAUUACAGAUAUUUUGAGUGGAUAGUGGUUUCUGCAUUUAAUAGAGUUUUGAUUGCUUCAGAGUCACAGUAUUGGAAAGACCUAUUGAUGUAACUGUGUUGCUUUUGAUGGAAAAAAACCUUACCUUCUUCUGCAAGGGGAACCUUUGUUUCCCCACACACGAAUUGUCCUUUUUUUAAUGGGAAAACCUCCAUUUGUGGACUUUGGGAGGUGGCUACCAGGGUCCAUGCUGUGUAGACAUGGGAGGGAAUGGGGGUGAUGAGUAUAUUGGAACCUCAGAAUUUCAAAUGCUCUCUAAGGUUAUUUUCUAUUGCUUUUGUCUAAGAUAUAAUUGUAAAUCUGUCCUCACCUAUUUUAUCCCAGAUAAAUUUAUAUCAGGAAGUAGUUUUGAUUUACUUCUUUUUUUUUUUUUUCUUUUUUCUUUUUCUGGCUUAGUUACAAAUCACUCGAUUUGGGUAAAUGAAAAGAGAAAAAAAUAAAUGACAUUCUUUUUUUGUUUCCAAAACAUAAAAUACUUUUAUUUGGAAUAAAAUUUUGCUUUAAGGCACUACUACAGCAGUUAAAUGUGGGCAUCUUCUCUUUCCUUUGUUCAUGGCUGAAAAUUACAUGUAUUCAGUAAAACAAGACACUCUCUCUCCCCAAAGCACCUCUUGGAAGCCUAUUUUCUAUUAUUUUCAAAUUUGAAAAAUUGUGAGGUACAUAUCAACUCAAAUUCCCAAGCAGUUUCCUAAAAUGUAUCUGAAACACAGUAAGGUAUAACUAUCGUGUUAGACUAUUAAAUAUUUAAAACAUCGUUUCAUGCCCACAAAACAACCGACUAUUAAGUUGCUUUGUAUGUGGUAACCUGAAACUGGCAUGCAUCUCUUAGGCAGUCCCGUCUGCUGACACUGGUGCACUUUUAAGGUACGCUUGACAUUCUUCUAUUGUAUUGGAAAUAUAAUUGUUGUACACAGUCACAUUUAAAAUGUUUUGCAUUUGUGGGACAUAAAGUAAGAUUUUUCAUAUGCUGAAAAGGGUUAUAUUAAAAGAUACUCAAACUCCAAGAGGUGUUCUGGGGAACUGUUUACCAGAGAAAAGGUCUGUAGGGUAUCUUGCAAUUGUUGAAUGAAUUAAUAAAAUUCUCUCUAUUUAAUGUUGAUUUGAUAUCUUUGGGGAGGUCCAGGUGGGAGGCUGGGGCCAGGGAGAGAAGUAAAGCAAAUACAGAGGUAAUUUCAGACUUCCAGAAGGCGGUAUAGAGGGAGGCACCAUCAACAAAGAGUGAAAAUACAUAAAGUGCUUGGCCCCCAGACUAAAACAUUAUUUAAUUUGAAAUUUAAUGUUGCCCUUUUGGAGGUGGAAUGGGCUUGUUUUAGUUCUCAUUGUUUAUAGACUGCAGCCAUUUAUGAAGCAUAUUUAUAGGUUCUGAAAUAGGAAUGGGUGAGCCUCAUAAGUUGUAAAGCCAGGCUAAGCGAGCCAUCCAAGACAUUUUUUUACACCACAGGUAAGACCCAGUCUUCAGACUUCUGCCAGAGCUGAAGUGAUUCUCAGGCAAUCACAGUUCUGUCCACUGCUCCCAGUGCCCAGAAACCUGGUGAGUUGUUUCUCUGGCUGGGCAUAAGUCUUAGGAAAUUUUGCCACAUGGUAAACUUGGCAGCAUUCUUGGGCAGCACCUGAAAUAUAAUAGCUCUGUACCUUCAUCCCAGUACCUACUUUCUGUGAUUUCUUUUUCUGCUGUCUUUACUUCCCAGAAUUCCAGUGUUCUCUUUAGAACCCUCAUGCCACGGUAAACAAGUUACCUUGCAUCCUCAACCUCGAGGAACACCUUUAGUGUGGUAACUAUUUCAACAAAUCUUUCUUCUGUAGUUUGUAACUCAGGUUUUCUACUUCUUCUAGAGCUAAUGCUGUUGAUCAAAUUUUCUCUGAAAAAACCCAUUUUAUAGCACUAUUCAUUUAUCCAUUAGCUUAGAGUUUUGGAAUACUGUUAAAAUUUUUUGAAAAGGCUCUGUGUUACUAGCUGCUGGCGCAAUGUGCCUUCACCUGUAAAUAGUUCAUAUCUCCUAAAAACGAGUACAUUUUCUUACAUAACCAUACUAUAAUAAUUGAAAUCAGGAAAUCAACAUUGAUACAGUUCUGUUGUCUAAUCUGCAGACUGUAUUCAGAUUUUGGAAAUUGAAAUAAAGACACCUGCAGGACAUGAAAUGCUCAAAGAAUUAAUUUUCAUCUGAUUUUUUUUUUUCCCUCAAGAAAGUGACCUGAUUAUCAGUUACCGUUAGAAAGCAAAGAAUUUAAUAAGCAUUGAAAUAAAAAUGGUUUUCUCAGUCAAGAUUUAAUCAGAAAAUCAAUGAAUUAAAAUAGGUCUUUCUCAAGUUUUCUGAUUAUUCAAGUUUUUGUUAUAUGACAUUUUCCGUAAGGAAGAUUGAGUUAUAGAUUUUGUGAAAUGGAUACUAAACAUUUUGAUGACUGUAACUACAACAAGAUUCCAAUAAAAAGAUUCACCUCUCGCUGUACCUUGAAGGAAAUUACACAGUUUAAUUUUUAAAUUAUAUUUGUGCACCUACAGGCAUAUACUUUUUGUAAGUCAGUACUACCUAAUGUAAAAACAAAAGCAGCAAUAAUAAUUAUUUAACUCACUGGGUGAUAAUAUUUUCCUGAGACUUCCUUAACCAAUUAGAACUAGCUUUUUUUUUUUUUCAUGUGUCAUUGUGUAGCACAUGUAUCUAAAGGGGGAAAUUCUUCAAUGACAAAUGUUCAACACGGCAGAGAGGUCACACAAAGAGCACUGGUAACUAUGAGCCUCCGGCUACACUCUGGAAUGGGCAGAGUUGUCAGGUCACCAUGAAAACUCCUCAGGGUCUGGGAUGGAGAAAGAGGUGGUUAAGAAAUUAAUUGUACAGGAAUGAUGUUCAGGUAUACAGGCUGCCUCUUUGCCAUCACCCCGCCCGGACAGCUGUGUCCCAGGGAAGCUCUUUUGCCCCAUGUCUGGCCUUUUUCCUUAACUUCAGAGGAGAGAAUACCAGGGAGAGAUUUAGAAGCAGAUUUUGUUUAUGUACAUCUUUUGCAAGAUUUUGCAGGCAACAUUUCAGUGAGACAGCUCACUCUAAAACCUCAGAGAUUCUUAAAGGGAAAGGCUGAGGGAUACUGAAGCCACCAGAAGGAAGGUUUUGGGAGAAAAAUCUGUGUUCCCCCAAUCAAGAAAAGCAGUUGAAAACUUAAGACACGGAGGAAAAUAAGGGAACACUUAGGAAAAACUA